GGUCUUCAGCGAUUUUUUGUUGUCGUUAUUGUGUGUAGUAGGUGUGAUUUUUUUUCUUUUCUUCCUGGGGAUUUUUGUUGUUUUCGUUGAGAAAGUCUUCUUUGGGGGUUUGGUUGCGCUGAAGGAAGAAGAAGAAGACGAAAUAAUGGAAAAUUAAACAACGAAAAUUAGGGAAAAUUAGAGAAUUAAGAAAGGUUUUAUUCAAUCGGCGCGUUUCAAAAGUCUACGCGAUUCUCGAGAUUCAUUUUCAAAUCCUUCUUCCUCGGGAUCUAUAGUAUAGAGCUUCAGUAAUUUUGUCCUCUUGAGGUAUUUGUUUGAAGAAGAUACGAAUUGAUUUUUAGCUGAAUGAAUCCAUUUUGGCAGCCAAGCUUUUGUUGAAGAGUUCGAUGGUCAACGUUACGCUAAUUUCUUAUUUGACAAAUUAGUUGUUGUCUUCCUCUUCUUCUGACAUUGUGCCAUUUAACAAAUACUUCUUCUCUGAUCCAUUAUUGUUUUUUUGUUUGCAGAGACGUCUAAAGAAGCUUGAAACCAUUAUUAGAGUAUUUGACAAUGGAAGGAGAAUCCAAAGGAUUAAUCGUUGGGAUCUCACUAGGUUUGGUGAUUGGUGUUGUCUUAGCUAUCUCAGCUUUGUUCUGCUUUAGGUAUCAUAGAAAAAAGUCUCAGAUUGUGAAUAGUGGAUCACGAAGAAGUGCAACCAUUCCCAUCAGAGAGAAUGGAGCUGAUUCGUGUAAUAUAAUGUCGGAUUCGACCAUUGGUCCGGAUUCACCUGUGAAAUCUUCUAAGAAUGGGAGGUCUGUUUGGCUUGAAGGGUUUAGUAAGAGGAGUAAUGUCAUCUCUGCUUCUGGCAUUUUGGAAUAUUCUUACAGGGAUUUGCAGAAAGCGACGUGUAAUUUCACGACUUUGAUAGGCCAAGGAGCAUUUGGACCUGUCUACAAAGCUCAAAUGUCUACUGGUGAGAUCGUGGCUGUGAAAGUUCUAGCCACUGAUUCUAAACAGGGCGAAAAAGAGUUUCAGACAGAGGUUAUGUUAUUGGGAAGGUUGCAUCACCGUAACCUAGUGAACUUGAUUGGAUACUGUGCAGAGAAAGGCCAACACAUGCUUAUAUAUGUUUACAUGAGUAAAGGAAGCUUAGCUUCUCAUUUAUACAGCGAAAAACAUGAACCGCUGAGCUGGGAUUUGAGAGUAUAUAUUGCUUUAGACGUGGCACGUGGUCUAGAGUAUCUUCAUGAUGGGGCUGUUCCUCCUGUAAUCCACAGAGAUAUCAAAUCUUCCAACAUCUUGCUGGAUCAAUCUAUGAGAGCUCGGGUUGCUGACUUUGGCCUCUCCAGAGAAGAAAUGGUAGACAAACAUGCAGCUAACAUCAGAGGAACAUUUGGCUACCUCGAUCCCGAAUACAUUUCAACAAGAACAUUCACCAAGAAAAGCGAUGUCUAUGGCUUCGGAGUUUUGCUUUUCGAGCUUAUAGCAGGAAGAAAUCCUCAACAAGGUCUAAUGGAAUUGGUUGAGCUGGCGGCUAUGAAUGCAGAGGAAAAAGUCGGAUGGGAAGAGAUAGUAGAUUCAAGAUUAGAUGGGAGAUAUGAUUUACAAGAAGUGAAUGAAGUAGCAGCUUUUGCUUACAAAUGCAUCUCUCGUGCACCUAGAAAACGUCCUAACAUGAGGGACAUUGUUCAGGUUUUGACUCGUGUUAUUAAAGUGAGACAUUGCAGAAAGCGGCAGAAGAAUUCUCCGUCGCCGUCUCCACGGCUUCCUCCUCCUCCUCCGAUAGUGGAGGAGUCAGAAGGUGAGUUAACUGCAAACGGAUCAUUACGAUCAGAAAUUCAUCGGAGGGAUAAUUCCUUGGACAGUAGUAUAGCUGAAGACGUGAUUUUGUAAACAAAAUGAAAAAAAAGUCUCAAUUUUUUUAAUUAUUAUUAACUUUUAAAAUGUGAUUUUGUUUUUCAAUUCUUUUGGGUUUUUAGACGCUAGAUUGUCUAUAUUUGUGAAUGAAAAUUUGUUCUUUGUU